AUGGUACUUUAUCUUUUAUCGGUUUUUUAUUAACCUAUAAUAAAAAAAUAAAAUACUGUGUGUGAAUAUAGGCUAUGUGAUUUAACCUAGUUUUUAUUAUUAUUAACUAUUUGUCUUUGACGACUUUGAAGGCUGAACUGACGAUUUUGAUGCAGUUUCUAUUAGUAUGUAAUGUUACCAACUGUGUGCCAAAUCAUCAUCUGACACAAGAGCAAAACUGUCCCGAACAAACUACAGGGAACCUGCACUGACGGAAAAGUGACUCUCAGGGUGCAGAGGGCAGAUGCUGUUGAUGCUGGUGUCCUUGCUCUGCUGUGUCCCUGCAGCCGAGGCCUGUCUGCAGUGUGACCGCAGUAUCAGGGUUUUACUCGAGGACUUUAUCCUGUCUGGUCCCACUGUGAACGACCAGAUUGAAUUGAAAAAAAUUAGUAACAAUGCCUAUGUGACCUACAGAGAGACCAGCCAGGAGCGAAAAGGAGUCAUUGAUCCCACCACUCUGUACAGAGUCAGAACUGAGUACCAGAGUGAAUUUGACCACUUUUUGAAAACCCCACACACUGGAUCUGUAACAUAUGAAGCCAUUCAGAUCCUGGAGAAAGGCAGGAAGAUCUUAGAAAAACACUUGGACAUAUUCAUCCGUGAUGGAUUGUGCUCCAACAAGUGUGGGCUUUUGAAACGAAGAGUAAUGGAUUGCUUCUCUUGCCGCUACAAGAUAUACAUCUGUCCCUCUCCCUCAGGCCAGCAGGACUGCGGCGAGUACCCAGUGCAGGCUGAGGAGGGAGGCCAGGCAGUGUUGAACUGUUUCCUUCCGUGGCAUCGCCUUCUGUUGGGAAGACCGGAGUAUCACUACUCCUGGGCCCCCGGUGUGCCAGGAACCAAAAACCUGAGCGAGAGUGACUUCAAAGCCUUGGUGGUGACAGACGACCCAUCUGUGGUCUUAAAUCAGCUGCAUGAGGACGAACAAGGAACAUAUCGCUGCUCUCUGCAGGGCCGAAAUGGAACCGUCUUCUACAGAGUCACUUUCCUACUUACUGUCGCCACUUUGCCUGACCACACUCUCCGCCCUGUCCUCACGCUGCCCUCCCUGCUUCAUGGACACAACUACUCACCUUUCCAACCUCCUGCGGGCCUGCUGGUGCCUCUCAUCGCCAUGGUUACUGCUCUGAGUCUGGCAGCGAGCGUAGGCCUCACAGUUGUCCUGGGAAUGCUGAUGAGUCAGAGGAGAGCCAAGGAGGAGCCAAGGAGAAUGAAGACGGAGGGGAAAAACACACAAAACACGGUGUGAUGAAGAUACCGUAUAACAGUAAAUACACACCUAGAAGACAGGGAGGUUUUACUCACUUCAGGUUGGACUUUUUUCUCAGUGGCUAAAUAAAUUUCCCAACACAAAGUUUCAAGUCAUGUCUAGAAAACUCCACAGAAGUGAGAAAACAUGUUGGCAACAUUGAAGCUACAUGAAGCAUAAAGGGUGUCCACAUGUUGUUGCCUAUCUUAGACAAUAAAAAGAGCUCAAACAUGGACAACUAUGGUGAAUCAAACACUGAGAUCUCACUCAUAAAACAGAAAGUUGGUGGUGUAGUGAAACUAGAGCGAACAACACACACACACUUAAACACACCCACUUAAACACACCCACUAAAAAUCUCCCAGAAACAGCUCAACUUUCCGUAACAUUAAGCACAAGCUCGCCAGAACACAUCAGUGGCCUGACCCCAGCAGGGUCACGUUCACCCUGAAUAGAGUGAUGGCGUUGUCACGUAAGAGGAAUCAGGGAUGAGGUAAAUCUCCUGGAUUACAGUGGGGUUUUUCAGAGAUUAAUAGCCCCAGCCAUUUAACUAAUCCUGGAUAAUCCCCAUGUGGGAGGCAGGGGGAGACAUGGAGGGGUAAAACAGAUGUUUUCAUCAGGGUUUCUUUUGAUGUAUAUUAACCUAAAUAUUCAUUCAGAGAGAGAGAGAGAGAGAUAGAGUAAGGGCAACUUUUUGCAUUACCAAUAAUGUUCUCAUUCUGAAAUCCCCGUUUUCUUGCGACUUUAAUUCUCUGUUUCCGUCUGCCUACAGUAUUCUCUCUGUACAUUUUGAUGACAAACUAUUUACACAAGUUCUGUCAUGAUCUCCAUCCCCGCCUCCUCCUCGUCAGCUCCUCUACACGUCCGGCACGUGUCGUAUUUCUGUUCACUGUUGUCUUUUUUCAUCUUUCAUGCCUUGUGCUAUUGCCAUCACCAAGCUUCUUGGGAAAGGAAGUAAUAUGUCAUCAUCAACAACAACAAAUUCACACCCAUCUCUCAGCAUUGUGUCUGGGCAGAUGUAUUCUUGGCUGAUUCUUUGCCAACCAUGACGCUCUGAUGUGCUAACAUAGGAAAGAUAAUGAAACAUCUGAACCAAAUAAAACUGAAAACUAGUGAUUGAUUGAUGUAUGAGUCAUCCAGGAUGACAGAAACUAAGUCACCUCUGAAAUCAUUCAUCGUUGCUCAUCGUUUGUCAGGGUAAUUUCUAAUAAAGAUUUUGAGUCAGGGGUAUUCUGUUUGGGUUAUGACAACUGCAACAAGGCUGUGGAGUGUUACCGUAUGAGGGUGGGUGUGGAUGGUGACAGGAUGUAUGUGCGGUGCUGUUUCCUGUCGGGGUGCUGAGAUGGGGGCGAAUGUUGAAAAAAUAACCCGUUCUUUAAGACUCCCUCACACAGAGACACUCGCGUCACACUCCUCCAACUCAACAGACCUCAUCACUUCACUGUGGGUUUUAUAUGUGUGCGUUCAAGCCUAAAGUGCAGGUUGAGGCUACAGUAAAUGCAUGCUCAGCGGCUUUGCUGACAGCCGUGAUGAACUGUGUACCAAAGUCUGUGUGGAUUGAAAUUGCAGCCUCUGCAGAAGGAGAGCAUGACAAAGUGGGAGUGCUGCUGAGGGGCAGGCAGACAGCGGUGAGGGAGGGAAAGGAGGAAGUGGCGACAUGAAGAAAGUGGAGACAGAGGUUUGAGUGGGAGACAUAUGUGGUAAGGCAGAGUCAUUUUAACAUGGGUUAUGAGGAAGUGAAGACAAAGACGUCAGAUUACACUUUGAUACAAACUAACCCACGCUGCACACAAAGUAUAUUUUUCUGUGGGUUAUAGGACAAUGUGUCCUGUAUCCAGGGGUGGAAAAGACAUCAAUAUCCUCCUCAAUUAGAAAUACUAGACUUAAAUAUUACUCAUGUAGGAUUGGGACAAGUUGUAUUGAAAACUACUUAAGUAAAAGCACAAAAAGACUAUUCUUCAGAUGUACUUUAAGCCCCUAAAACUUUAAAUCUGAGGUGUUUCUAUAAUUAAAUAUUCACAACUAAUAAGCAACAAUCAAAGUAGAAGUUCUUUUUCUAAGCAUCCUUAGUUCUUUCUUAUUAAGAGUUUUAAUGUCAAUAAAAUGAAUCUGCUUCAUCA